AUGGCGUCCCUUUCGAAUCAACCAGCCCCGACUAGUGAGCCAGCACCAGGUCCUGCGCCCUCUCAGCAGAACCCAACUCCCCCUCCCUCCACGCCCCUUGCUCCGCAGCCCACCCCCAGCCCCCAGCCUUCAGAGUCGCCAAAGGACUCUCCGGAGCCAAAUCCAACCACCCCUCCUGCACCGCAGCAGCCGGAGCCCUCUCCGUCAAACCAACCUCAGCCUCAACCCCAACCCCGUCCUUCAGGAAACAACAACCCUCCACCCUCCCCUGAUCGAUCCCCAACGCCCAAUUCGCCUCCUUCCCAGAGCCAGAACCCAAGCCCAAACCCUCAGACCCCUUCGCCGGGAGGGACGCAGACUGCAUCCCCCGAUAACACGAGAACAGUCAUCAUCACAUCCACCGCAGAACCGUUUCCGUCCGCCGGUGAAAACCAAUUCCCCGGCGUGACCAAUUCCACUCCCCCGCCGUCUGCACUUCCCACCAGCUCCUCUGCCGCCCGACCCCCUAGCGGCCUCCCUCCCAGCGGCGCCAUCGUGCUCUCCGUCGUCGUCCCCAUGGUCUCGAUAACACUGAUCAUCCUCGUCCUGCUCUGGUGGUGGAGGCGACGCAGAGCAGCCAAACUCGCAGAGGAAGAGCGCAAACAGGAGAUCGAGGAAUACCGCUUCAACCCCAACCACGACCCCACCUUACCGUCCGUCGGCCUGGCUGGCGGCAAUUACGACGACUCCGCGGGCAUGAAAGACGGGAACGGCGGCGGAUAUCGCGGCUGGGGCAACACCACCACCGCCACCACCACCACCACCACCGCCGCACCUCGGAAAGCGCUCGACAAAUCCCUCCAGCGGCGCAGGCGGCCUGAACACGACCACAGACCGGUAUCGGGUGACUAUCCUCCCUUCGACCCUGUCGCUGAAGAUGAUCUCCCCAUUCCCGGCGUGGCGCCGGGCAACGCGCAGUAUUACGACGACGCGACGUAUUAUGCCGCGGAUGGGGGCCAGCAUGGCGGGCCGUUUGUAGAUAAUCCGUAUGGUGGCGGCCCGCCUGUCAUUCGGGAUGUGCAGGCGAGGCGGAAUACCAGGAUCGAGAAUCCGUCUGUGUUUCCGCAGCAGGGGAAUGCGGGAAUAUCGCAGAAUUUUUAG